GUUCUAGAGUAGCCGACGCGGGGAGUGGAGAAAGGGGUAAACAGUGGGGAAAGGGCUGUCACUGGAGACUGGGGCAGUCUCCGAACCUCCAGUCAACUCUCAGUGUGCAUCCUCCUCUCUGCCCUCUCGCUCCUCUCUGCCUCCCGGCUCUCUCCUCCUCUCUGCAUCUGCUCUGUUUCCCGUCAACCUUGUGCGGGCUCGUGGUGAGGCGGCGUCCUCCGAACACCCAUCGCCUGAAGCAAUAAACUGAAAUAGUUUCCUCCGAAAAAACACGCGACACGCCGAGACCCAACCGUCACCAUGGAGGCCAUCAAGAAGAAGAUGCAGAUGCUGAAGUUGGACAAGGAGAACGCCAUCGACAGGGCAGAACAGUCCGAGUCGGACAAGAAGGCGGCGGAGGACAAAUGCAAGCUGCUGGAGGAUGAGCUGCUCGCUCUGCAGAAGAAGCUGAAGGGAACCGAGGAUGAGCUCGACAAGUACUCGGAGGCCCUGAGGGACGCUCAGGAGAAACUGGAACUGUCGGAGAAGAAGGCCGCGGAUGUAAGUUAUCCGCAACGGCGGCAUCUGAAACACAUUAUCCACAUUGCAGUGGAACACCACAACUUCUGAGUUUCAAAAGUAUGGAUUACCACUCCUUGAGACAGGCUAAACUAAAUAUCUUUCCAGGAAAGG